AUGGACUUGCCGGCAUACGUAGAGCGCCUUCGCAGCGGCGCCCCUCCCAAGUUCCCCGCGGACGCAAACUCGCUGGAAUUUGCCCAGAAGCUCGACUCCCAGGACUCGCUGCGGCAUCUGCGCGAUGAGUUUAUUCUUCCCACCAAGGCCUCUUUGAAGAAGAAGGCGCUGGAUGGUUCAAUUCCUGGUGAGCAGGGCAUCUACUUUGUGGGAAACUCGCUGGGCGCGCAGCCAAAGGCCGUCCGCGAAUACGUCAACGCCCAGCUGGAGACGUGGGCGUCGGUGGGCGUCAACGGCCACUUCCUCGACAUGGACCAGUCGCCGCUGGUGCAGUGGCAGGACAUGGCCGAGGACUGCGCCAACAAGUCGGCCGAUCUCGUGGGAGCGUCUCCCAGCGAGAUUGUCUACAUGAGCACGCUGACGGUCAACCUGCACAUGAUGAUGGCCAGCUUCUACAAGCCCGACGCAAAGAGGCACAAGGUCAUCCUGGAGUGGAAGCCCUUCCCCAGCGACCACUACGCCAUUGAGAGCCAGAUUGUCUGGCACGGCCUCGAUCCUGCCGAGAGCAUGAUCAAGAUUGAGCCCGACAGCGACUUUCUCAUCCCCACGGAAAAGGUGCUGGCCACCAUUGACGCCCACGCCGACUCGACGGCCCUGAUCCUGCUGCCGGGCAUCCAGUACUGGUCGGGCCAGCUCUUUGACAUUCCCCGGAUCACCGCCUACGCCAAGGAGCGUGGAAUCGUCGUCGGCUGGGACCUCGCCCACGCCGCCGGCAACGUGGAACUCAAGCUCCACGACUGGGACGUCGACUUCGCCUGCUGGUGCACCUACAAGUACAUCAACGCCGGCCCUGGCGCCACCGGAGGAGCCUUUGUGCACGAGCGCUACGGCAAGGUAGACUUUGUCGACAACUCGGAGAACCCGACGUACCGCCCUCGCCUGGCCGGCUGGUACGGUGGCGACAAGCGCGUGCGCUUCAACAUGGCCAACACCUUUGUGCCCACGCCGGGCGCCGCCGGAUACCAGGUGUCCAACCCGUCCGCCCUGGACCUGGCCAGUGUUGCCGCCGCCCUGUCCAUCUUCAACAAGACGAGCAUGCGCGACCUCCGGUCAAAGGCCCUCGUGCUGACGGCCUACGCCGAGCACCUGCUGGACCAGAUCAACGCCGAGGCCGACGCCGCCAAGCCCUUCUUCAAGAUCAUCACGCCGCGAGACCCCGCCCAGCGCGGCACGCAGCUGAGUGUCCUGCUGCGGGAGGGCCUGCUGGACAACAUUGCCCAUGCCCUCGAGCAGAACGGCGUCAUGUGCGACAAGCGGAAGCCGGACGUGCUGCGCGUGGCGCCGGUGCCGCUGUACAGCCGGUUCGAGGACGUAUGGAGGUUUAUGCAGAUUCUGCGAGGCGCAUUAGGUCUCUAA